GUUCAGCAACAGCCAUUGCAGUUGGAUACGUCAAGCUAAACUGGGAUCUUUCUGGAGAACUGGCUCUGGGGAUUUUCUCUGCGCUGGAUGCUGGCUGCCUGUUUCUCAUGCGCUUCUCUGACAACAUCUGGGCAAGUUACGCCGGUUACCUUGCAUUUAAAGCAUGCUACAUGCUCCUCAUAACAAUAGCAACGUUUCAGAUCGCCAUCAACCUCAGCAUGGAGCGUUACGCUUUGAUGUUCGGCUUCAACAACUUCAUUGCGCUGGUGAUUCAGACAAUUUUAACUGUUGUCGUCGUAGACUCGACGGGUCUGAACCUGGAUAUCAGCACCCAGUUCCUCAUUUACAGCAGCUACUUCGCAUGCAUAGCUGGGAUUUUCCUGCUCAGAAGCGUGUACACCAUCGUCUCCAUCAAACGCAGGAACCGCGGCACGGCCGGGCAGAGCACGGCUUUUUAA